CCACUACGGCUCACCUCUACUCACCACCUCUCAAGGGCAAGCAAAAACAUCCCAUCUUCUCUUUCUCUUGUCUCUGUGGGAGUGGUGCUCUGCUUGGAGAGGAGAUAUCAGUAAUGGCAACCAAGGUGAUCCCUUCCCUGUUGGUGGCGAUGGUCCUCAUCCAGUGCGCCGUUGCUUGUCCUUCCUGCAGCACUCCGUCCACGCCCAAGCCACCCGCCCCUAAACCUUAUCACAGUCCACCAUCCAGCUCCGGCCACUGCCCCGUCGACGCCUUGAAGCUGGGCGUCUGUGCCGACCUGCUCCAUGGCCUUCUCCACCUGGUGAUCGGCCACCCUCCCAGCGGCUCUAACUGCUGCCCUCUGGUCAAGGGCUUGGUCGAUCUCGACGCUGCUGCUUGUCUCUGCACCGUCGUCAAGGCUGAUGUCUUGGGCAUCAAGGUCGACCUCGACGUCAAGCUCACCCUGCUCGCCAACACCUGUGGCUGCAAGAUCCCCAAGGGCUACAAGUGUGCUUAGAGAAUUACGUCCCGCUAGCUCCUCUUCCCUUAGAUCAUUUGCAGCUUGAUGCAUGCUUUCUCUCUAGUUAUUAAAAGUGGCUGAAGACUCAUGCCCUUGUGGUCGGUGACUCAAAAUAAGUAGCUAUGUGGUUUAUUAUGCACGUUGUUCUGUUUUAAGGUUAUGAUUGUAAGUGGUCUUUGUUUCUUUUUUUCUUUUCUUUUCUUUGUACGAAAGAAAGUUUGUCAUUUGUAUGGGUUUAAUAUUCUGAAAGAACGAUUUGCAGUUGCAAAAUGUUGAUUGUUUCCAUA